AACAACCACUUUUUGAAUUUGCACCCUUAUUAUUUAUACAAUAUCCAAAUGAGCGAUCAACAAUUGAUAAGAAGUGCAUGGCCAGAUCCACCAAACUAUUAUAAACGAUACACAAAUGAAAACUUGAAAUUGCUGAAACAGGCAAAAAAGACGGGACAUUUUCCUGAGGAUCCGUUACCACCACCGCAUCCCUCCUUAUCAGAGUUCCCAAUAAAAUCGCUUGAACCGCCAUUACCACCAACAGAUGAAUAUACGGUAUUUGAUCAAAAGUGGCAGAUUGAAAAUAAACUACCAACUUUAGACGAACUUGGCGUAAAUCAACUUUACUCAAAAGAAGAAUCAAUAGACCGUGUUCAAGAGCUGAAGAAGUUAAAUAGAUCACUAAUUGUCCAGUUUUUAGAGUUAUUGGAUGUGCUUGUGAAGAAUCCUGAGGAAUUUGGCAAACAUAUUGAGAAUAUCAGUACAAUCUUCAUCAACAUGCAUCAUAUACUGAACGCCUAUCGGCCACACCAAGCAAGGGAAACUCUAAGGCUGCUCAUGGAGCAUCAGUUAGCCAAGAAACGUCAACAAACAGCAGAUCUGAAAGCCAAAUCACAAGAAGCCAUUAAUUUUCUUGAAGGGCUCUAAGCAUAACAGCAGCAAUCUCUCUCUGAGUAUAAAGAAAUUGUAAAUAAUGCAGCCGAAAGUUUAAAAGUCGUUGCUCUGUGUGACUUUCUGACAGCUUCC